AUGUUCUUCUCCUACUCAACUCUACUCCAACACCUCAACAACACAGGAUUCAAAAUUACAAGCAUUACACAAAUACGGUUACGCUCAGCAUCCAUGCCAUUCCUUUCAGCUUUGCGCGUUGCCUGCGCGAAUCUGGGCUGUUUUGGUGCGCCGACCAACAUACACGACGAUGCACCGAAUGCCACUUGGUUACUUGAGCAUCGAUGCCAGCGCUAUGGGAAACAAGCUUCCACCAAGGGCAAAACCCCUACUGCAUCUCUCUAUCGAAUGUACGAGUAUUUGGUCGUUGGGUAUACUUUCGGCCUUCGCUCUGAGAUUGAAUACUUCUUCAAUCAGCCUUGGUCUGUAAAGUCAAUACCAGACCCUGAAGACCCAGAUCCAGCCCGCUACGCGAUCCUCGCCGUCCUUACUCACUAUCUCGUUAAGGCCUUCAAUCGACUUAUCGAAAGAGGAUUACCACGAGGAUGCCCUGCAAUCAUCGAUCCAGACACAGAGGCAAGGCUCCGGUCUCAGAAGGUAGUCCUUGAAGAACAGCCAUCUUGGGUAAAAUCUGUGCAUCGUCUUAACGAGCCAUUUAAAAUCCCACUUGCAUCUGGAGAAACACCAGCGAACACUACCCUAAGUGUCGAAUUCUUAGCAAUGAAUAUUUUUGUUGCUGAACCUCACGUUGCUGUUUCAAAACUUCCAGUUGGGUCUACGUGGACUCGACCCGAACCUUAUAUGGUCUGUGAACUAUUUUGGUUUCUGCACUCAGCAACUGGUGUUCUCAGAGAUAUCUGCACUGCCCCCGGUGUUGGCCAGAAAUUCAGCCGUGUUUCUCAUGAGCCAAGAGAUGCUGUACCGGAAAAGGAUUCGCGAAGUCCUUCAACUGGCGAUAUCUUCGCUUUGACACGAUAA